CCACCACCAAAAAGGCAUCAAACCACCAAACACCCACCCAAACCACAGCCUCAAAAUGCCCCGUGAAGAGUACCAAGUCCCCACCGCCAACGCCGGCCAGCGCGGCGGCACCCGCGACGACCACCAAGUCCGUCACGUCAUGUCCUAUAUCUGCGGCGACUGCGGCGGCAGCGUCACCCUCGGAAAGGAUGCCACCGUCGCGUGCCCUCACUGUGCAGGCCGUGUUCUCUACAAGGAGCGCACCAAGCGAAUGGUUCAGUUCGAGGCCCGAUAGACAUACCGACGAUGAUUUUUUAUACCAAAGAAAAAGCUUGCAAAGAAUAAAGACGAGAGGUGUUGUGGCAACUUUGAUAUUUCGAGAUGGGAGUUUAGGGGUCUGGGAAUUACGUCGAAUGAAAGAAUAGACAAUGCGACACGAUUUGCGUAUGACGAGUUACAGUCUGCGUGAUUGAUUACUUCUUUGUUUCCUUCAAAGUCGCCUUGCGAUAUCUACCCUGCAUAACUUAAACCGUGAACUAGAUAAAAUCCUUAUGAAACCCCAAACGCCGCUAUAUGCUGUUUUUUCCUUAUUGCUGCUUCUGUUGGUUGUAGAGAUACUUGGCGAAACUUGCAUCCUUCAUAACAGAGUCCUCGUUAUCGUCCAUGGCGGCUGAGUAUCGAUCUUGGAGGCUCUGCUUCUGAGCCUCCUCGUCUGAGUCAGUAUCAUCGUCGUCGUCGCUGGCAACAUCCACCUCGUCCUCUUCCUUCUGUGCGACUGGUAGGCCACCGACUGACAUGCCCUUCAUCAUUUUGUCCAGCUCCUUCUCUCGUGCAGCCUUCUUUGCCUCCUCACGCUCUGCCCUCUUCUUCUCAAGCUCUGGCAGGUAGUCGCGUAGAAACUCUUGCUUCUUCUCCUCAACGGCCUCGAAGAACUCGUCCACGCCAGUACCCAGUCGCGAACUCACGCCGACGACACUGAGAUGUGCGUAGAACUCCUCCAGCAUAAGACUCAUCGAGUUGAGCAGGCUGCCCAUGUAUCCGCUUCCACCGUGGCCACCACCCUCUGCGCCGCCCAGCUCAUCUGAUUCUUCAUCCUUUCGUAGCGCUUCCUGGAAUGCUUCAAAGUCGGUCAUCCACUCCUUAGCAAACGCCGCAUCCUUGACAUCGGUCUUGUUGAAGACGAGAAUCAUAGGAAGCUUGGUCUUGUAGAGAAUGGAGCAGGCGUAGAGCAUGUUGGACAUGAAUGUUGAAGUAGAAGCAGUUCGUGGGGUAUCAAUAACGUAGGCGAUGACUGUAGGGAAAGAAGAUGCAAGUGACUCGAGA